AGUCAUUUCCCUCCUGAGACUCGGAGGAGGUGAGAGCUGCGCGGAGGGAUCCGGGCUGUGCUGAGCGGGUGUCCGGGUGAGCCGCCCGAGCUGGUCUCACACUGUACUUGGAGCAGCGGAGCCGGGACUUAUGUGAGAGCUGGAGCCGCAGAGCGGAGGAAUGGAGCGGGCAGGAACCGCUGCGGUACUGCUCCUGGCGCUGACGGCCGCUGCACAAGGUUUACGGUGUAUGCAUCCGGGGGAAACGUGCCUGAAUAACGGAAGAUGUGAGGCUGGCGGGACAGAGUGCAGAUGCCCAAGUCCAUAUAUUGGUGAGCGGUGCCAGUUUACCAAUCCCUGCAACAGUAAUCCAUGUUUAAAUGGUGGAUCGUGCCAAUAUGACAUCAGAGGAAACAGCGUUUAUUUCACCUGCAGCUGCCCGCUGGGGUACCAAGACUUGCGGUGCAUCACCCGGAAGGACAACGUGUGUCUUAGCAACCCAUGUCGUAAUGGUGGAACCUGCGACCUGACCACAGAUGAGUGGAGCUAUAAAUGCAGAUGUCCCCCGGGAUGGACAGGUGACACGUGCCAGAAAGCAGACCCUUGUGCCUCCAACCCAUGCGCCAAUGGUGGAAGCUGCGUCCCCUUCGAUUCCCAGUAUGUCUGUAAGUGUCCCGAAGGAUUUCAUGGAGAAACCUGCAAGUUGGACAUUAACGAAUGCAAACAGAGCCCCUGCAAGAACGGAGGAAUGUGCGUGAACGAGUUUGGAUCCUUUUACUGCAAGUGCAAGAGCAGAUUUACCGGGAACUACUGCGAAAUCCCCUAUGUGCCCUGCAACCCGUCUCCAUGCCAAAACGGUGGAACCUGCCGUCAGACAGAUGACACCUCCUAUGAAUGCACGUGUCUGCCAGGAUUUUCUGGUCAAAACUGCGAGGAAAAUAUUGAUGACUGUCCGGGAAACCAGUGCAAGAAUGGAGGCACCUGUGUGGAUGGAGUGAACACCUACAACUGCCGGUGUUCUCCGGACUGGACAGGCCAGUACUGCACUGAAGAUGUUGAUGAGUGCCAGCUGAUGCCAAACGCCUGUCAGAAUGGAGGCACCUGCCACAAUACCCACGGAGGGUACAACUGUGUCUGUGUCAACGGCUGGACUGGAGAGGACUGCAGCGAGAACAUUGAUGACUGUGCCAACGCUGCUUGUAACAGUGGAGCCACCUGCCAUGAUCGCGUGGCGUCCUUCUACUGCGAGUGUCCACAUGGCCGCACAGGUCUGCUUUGUCACCUGGAUGACGCUUGUAUUAGCAACCCCUGCAACGAAGGCUCCAACUGUGACACCAACCCAGUGAACGGCAAGGCCAUCUGCACCUGCCCCUCCGGCUACACCGGGCCUGCCUGCAACCAUGAUGUGGACGAAUGUUCUCUUGGUGCCAACCCCUGUGAGCACGGUGGGAAAUGCAUCAACACCCAGGGCUCUUUCCAGUGCAACUGCCUCCCGGGCUACACAGGUCCUCGCUGCGAGAUUGACGUUAAUGAGUGUCUGUCCAACCCCUGUCAGAACGACGCCACUUGUCUGGACCAGAUUGGAGGGUUCCAGUGUAUCUGUAUGCCAGGUUAUGAAGGGAAGUUUUGUGAAAUCAAUACAGACGAAUGUGCCAGCAGCCCCUGCCAACACAAUGGCCGAUGCAUCGAUAAAAUCAACGAGUUUCACUGCGAAUGCCCCACAGGUUUUAAUGGGCACUUGUGUCAGUACGACAUUGAUGAGUGCGCCAGUACCCCCUGCAAAAAUGGUGCCAGAUGUGUGGACGGACCCAACACGUACUCCUGUCAGUGCACAGAAGGAUUUACUGGUCCCCAUUGUGAAGCGGAUAUAGACGACUGCGAGCCAGACCCCUGCCACUUUGGAACCUGCAUCGAUGGCAUUGCCACCUUUACCUGUGAAUGCAAACCUGGCUACACUGGGAGGCUUUGUGACACGAACAUUAACGAGUGCCUGAGCAUGCCGUGUCAAAACGGAGGCAUGUGUGUGGACAAAAUAAACGGCUACUUGUGCCAGUGCCUGAAAGGAACCUCAGGGAUCAACUGUGAAACAAAUGUAGAUGACUGCGCCAGCAAUCCCUGUGACUCUGGGAAGUGCAUUGAUAAGAUCGACAGUUACGAGUGCGCCUGCGAGCCGGGCUAUGCCGGAAAGAUGUGUAACAUUAACAUUGACGAGUGCGCCAGCAAUCCCUGCCACAACGGGGGAACCUGCGAAGACCUCAUUAAUGGCUUUAGGUGCACGUGUCCUGACGGUUUCCAAGGACCCAUGUGUCUUUCUGAAGUGGAUGAGUGCAGGAGCAACCCUUGUAUCCACGGAUUCUGCCGCGAUGGAAUAAACGGAUACAAAUGUGACUGUGAUUUGGGCUGGAGUGGAACCAACUGUGACAUUAAUAACAACGAGUGUGACUCCAAUCCAUGUAUGAACGGGGGAACCUGUAAGGAUAUGACCAGCGGCUACAUCUGCACCUGUAAAGAGGGCUUCAGUGGACUGAACUGUCAGACAAACAUCAACGAAUGUGCGUCUAACCCAUGUCUCAAUGAGGGGACAUGCAUCGAUGGCGUGGCUGGGUACAAGUGUAUCUGUAUGCUACCAUACACGGGGGCCACAUGUGAGGAUGUUUUAGCUCCCUGCGCAAAUAACCCGUGUAAAAAUGAUGGGAGGUGUCAAGAAUCCGAAAACUAUGAAAGUUUCUCCUGUGUCUGUCCUACUGGUUGGCAAGGGCAAACAUGUGAGAUUGAUAUUAAUGAGUGCGUGAAGAACCCCUGCCGAAACGGCGCCUUGUGUCAGAACAUGAAUGGCAGCUACAAGUGUGUCUGUAAGCCCGGAUACACUGGCAGGAACUGCGAGACCGAUGUUAACGACUGCCAACCGAACCCUUGCCACAAUGGAGGUUCCUGCACAGACGGUAUCAAUGCAUUCUACUGCAACUGUUUACCUGGAUUCCGGGGACCAAAGUGUGAGGAGGACAUUAAUGAAUGCGCCAGCAACCCCUGCAGGAAUGGGGCUAACUGCACAGACUGUGUGAACAGCUACACCUGCACCUGCCCCUCGGGGUUUAGUGGCAUCCACUGUGAAGUUAACACUCCGGACUGUACAGAAAGCUCUUGCUUCAAUGGCGGCACCUGUGUGGACGGAAUAAACACCUUUACCUGUCGGUGUCCACCCGGGUUCACCGGGAGCUACUGUCAGCAUGACAUCAAUGAGUGUGACUCCAAGCCUUGUCUGAACGGUGGGACGUGUCAGGACAGCUAUGGGACCUAUAAGUGCACCUGUCCCCAGGGCUACACCGGACUGAACUGCCAGAAUUUAGUGCGGUGGUGCGACUCGUCUCCAUGUAAAAAUGGUGGAAAAUGCUGGCAGACCAACAACUUGUAUCGGUGCGAGUGUAACAGCGGCUGGACCGGCCUGUACUGUGACGUGCCCAAUGUCUCGUGCGAGGUUGCGGCUUUACAGCGAGGGGUGGACGUUAAUAAUCUCUGCCGUAAUUCCGGAUCUUGUCGUGACACUGGAAACACCCACCACUGUCUGUGUCAGCCCGGGUAUACAGGAAGCUACUGCGAGGAGCAGGUAGAUGAAUGUACUCCCAAUCCAUGUCAGAACGGAGCCACCUGUACAGACUACCUGGGGGGCUACUCCUGUGAGUGUGUUGCUGGCUACCAUGGGGUUAACUGCUCAGAGGAAAUUAAUGAGUGCCACUCUCACCCCUGCCAAAAUGGGGGAACCUGCAUUGAUCUGAUCAACACCUACAAAUGCUCCUGUCCUAGAGGCACUCAAGGCGUUCACUGUGAAAUUAACAUAGAUGACUGCAACCCGCUGUACGAGGGACCCAACCAGGAACCUAAAUGCUUCAACGGUGGAAAAUGUGUAGACCGCGUGGGUGGAUACCACUGCAACUGUCUGCCAGGGUUUGUUGGAGAGCGCUGUGAGGGGGAUGUGAACGAAUGCCUUUCAAGCCCUUGUGACGCCCGUGGAACCCAGAACUGUGUCCAGCUUGUGAAUGACUACCGCUGCGAAUGCAGACAAGGAUUUACAGGGAGGCACUGUGAUUCACUGCUUGAUGGAUGCAAAGGAAAACCAUGUAGAAACGGUGGAUCUUGUGCUAUCGCGAGUAAUACUGAGAGAGGCUUCAUCUGCAAGUGUCCGCCGGGAUUCGAUGGCGCCACUUGCGAAUAUGACACACGUCUGUGCGGGAACCUUUUUUGUCACAAUGGCGGGACCUGUAUAUCUACCCUCAAGACCCCUAAAUGUGUCUGUCCGGAUGAUUUCACUGGACCCAUGUGUCAGUUUCCGGUCAGCAGCCCCUGUAAUUCAAACCCUUGCUACAAUGGCGGCACGUGCAAGUUUGUGACAGAGGAGCCUUUCUACCAGUGCAUCUGCCCCCGGAACUUUAAUGGUCUCUUUUGCCACUUCUUAGACUAUGGCUUUAAAGGUGGUCCAGGACAGGACAUUGAGCCUUCUGAUUUUGAAGAAGAUUGUAAGAUUGACCAGUGUGCUGGUCAGGCUGGGAAUAAGAUCUGCAACACCAACUGCAAUACUCAUGCCUGUGGAUGGGAUGGAGGCGAUUGCUCCCUUGAUUUCUAUGAUCCUUGGAAGAACUGCACCAAUGCUCUGCAGUGCUGGAAAUAUUUUAACGAUGGCAAAUGCGACUCCCAGUGCAAUAAUGCAGGAUGCCUCUAUGAUGGUUUUGACUGCCAGAACAUUGACAUCCAAUGCAAUCCCCUCUAUGACCAGUAUUGCAAGGACCACUUCCAGGACGGUCACUGUGACCAAGGCUGCAACAAUGCCGAGUGUGAAUGGGAUGGUUUGGACUGCGCUUAUAAUAUGCCUGAGAAAUUGGCUGAUGGCACCCUUGUUGUAGUAGUCCUGGUGCCACCAGAAAAACUAAAGAACAUUUCCGUGGACUUCCUCCGUGAGCUGAGCAGGAUCCUCCAUACCAAUGUUGUGUUCAAGAAGAACGAGCAUGGAGAGUACAUGAUUUUCCCAUACUACGGUAAUAAGGAGGAGCUGAAGAAGCAUCACAUCAAAAGGUCCACAAGGGAAUGGUCCGAUGCCCCCAUCUUCAGUAGUGUGAAGGAUUCCCUGAUUCCUGCCAGAUAUCGGAGAGAACUGGACCAGCUGGAGGUGAAGGGGUCAAUCGUCUACCUGGAGAUCGAUAACCGUCAGUGUUUACAGACCAAUUCCCAGUGCUUCAACAGUGCCACGGACGUUGCGGCAUUCCUUGGGGCUCUGGCCUCUCUUGGCAAUUUAGACCUCCCAUACAAGAUAGAAGCUGUUCGAAGUGAACCGCCAGGUCCACCGCCCAGCUCACCGCUCUAUCCCAGCCUGGGUGUCAGCCUGUGUGUCCUCUUAGUCAUCUUUGCUGUUGUUGGAGUCAUCGUUCUCAACAAGAAGAGACGCCGGGAGCACGGCCACCUCUGGUUCCCAGAAGGCUUCAGUCCAAAGGAGUCAACUAAAAAGAAGAGGCGAGAGCCCCUUGGGGAGGAUUCUGUGGGGUUAAAGCCCCUAAAAAAUGCUGCAGAUGGUUCUUUGAUGGAUGAUAAUCAAAAUGAGUGGGGAGAUGAAGAAACCUCAGAGAGCAAGAGAUUCCGGUUGGAUGAUCACGUCAUACUUCCCGACCUUGAUGAUCAGACAGACCACAGACAGUGGACACAGCAACAUCUGGACGCAGCUGAUCUCAGGGCUCCAUCUAUGGCUCCCACUCCACCCCAAGGAGAGAUUGAUACUGACUGCAUGGAUGUUAACGUGCGAGGACCUGAUGGCUUCACCCCACUAAUGAUUGCAGCAUGCAGUGGAGGAGGACUAGAGACUGGGAACAGUGAGGAAGAGGAGGAUGCAUCGGCCAACACAAUCUCUGACUUUAUUGGUCAAGGUGCAAAUCUGCACAACCAUACCGAUCGCACCGGAGAGACUGCCCUUCAUCUGGCUGCCAGAUAUGCCCGUGCAGACGCUGCCAAACGGCUGCUGGAGUCUAGUGCAGAUGCCAACGUACAGGACAACAUGGGGCGGACUCCUCUUCAUGCUGCAGUUGCUGCUGAUGCUCAAGGUGUUUUCCAGAUUCUCAUUCGGAACAGAGCAACAGAGUUGGAUGCCCGCAUGUAUGACGGCACAACUCCGCUGAUCCUAGCGGCUCGUCUGGCUGUGGAGGGCAUGGUGGAGGAACUGAUCAACUCCCAUGCAGAUGUGAAUGCAGUGGAUGAUCUUGGAAAAUCUGCUUUACACUGGGCAGCUGCUGUGAAUAAUGUGGACGCAGCAAUGGUUCUCUUGAAAAAUGGCGCCAAUAAAGACAUGCAAAAUAAUAAGGAGGAAACGCCUCUCUUCCUUGCUGCAAGAGAAGGAAGCUACGAAACAGCCAAAGUUCUUCUGGAUCACUACGCGAACCGAGACAUCACCGACCACAUGGACCGGCUUCCACGUGACAUUGCCCAAGAGCGCAUGCACCAAGAUAUUGUUCGAUUAUUAGACGACUAUAACCUUGUGAGGAGUCCACAACUGCACAACGGGCCCAUGGGUGCUCCAACCUUAUCUCCCAUCUGCUCCCCUAAUGGGUAUAUUGGAAACAUGAAGCCAGCAGUGCAAGGGAAGAAGGCCCGAAAGCCAAGUGCCAAGGCUUCUGGGUGCAAAGAUCUUAAAGCCAGAAGGAAAAAGUCUCAAGAUGGCAAGGGUGGGAUGUUGGAUAACAGCAGCUCUGGUGUCCUCUCUCCUGUCGACUCGUUGGAGUCUCCCCAUGGAUACUUGUCUGAUGUGUCCUCUCCACCUCUGAUGACCUCUCCAUUCCAGCAGUCUCCAUCGAUGCCUCUCAACCACCUCAGCAAUAUGCCUGACACCCAUAUCAGUAUGAAUCACAUGAAUAUGUCUGCCAAGCAAGAAAUGGUUGGUGGCAGUAACCGGAUGGCAUUUGAGUCCAUGACACCCCGUCUCUCUCACCUUUCUGUAUCUAGCCCCAGCACUGUACUGAACGGAGGCUCCAUGCACUUUACAGUGGGUGGAUCGGCAAUGAAUGGUCAGUGCGAUUGGCUGAGGCUGCAGAAUGGGAUGGUCCUGAACCAGUACAAUCCCAUGAGAACUAACCUCCAGCAGGGUGGACAUCAGCAAACUGCGGCAGCUCUCCAGCAUAGUUUGAUUACCUCUUUACAUAGUGGUCUGCCCAACACAACUAUUUCACCCAUGAUGUCCUAUCAGGCUAUUCCCAACACACGGAUGUCCAGCCAGCCUCAUCUUCUGCAGGCUCAGCAAAUUCAGCAACAAAACUUACAGCUGCAGCAACAGCACAAUGCAACUUCUGCAUCUAGCGCCCGUAUUGGUGCAUCCUUCUGUGGAAAUGACAUGGCCCAAUCAGACAUGCAGCAAUUGACGAGCAAUGGUCUUCGUUCCAUCAUGCCCCAGGAUACUCAGAUCCUAUCGGGCUCCAUGCCUACCACCCUUACACAAUCCAUGUCAACCACCCAAUUCCUAACACCACCCUCCCAGCACAGUUACUCUUCUCCCAUAGACAAUACCCCAAGCCACCAGUUACAAGUUCCGGACCACCCUUUCCUGACCCCAUCCCCCGAGUCACCAGACCAAUGGUCAAGCUCAUCCCCUCAUUCUAAUAUGUCUGACUGGUCAGAGGGUAUAUCAAGCCCUCCAACGAACAUACAGCCCCAACACAACCACAUUCCUGAGGCUUUCAAAUGAACUCCUUGUACAGACUACAGCCGUAAAGUGCGGCCUUGUUGUUGGGCUGACGCGAGGCACUGUCACAAAGAAAUGAAACAAGAACAUUUUUCUACAAUUUUAUAUUUCAGAGACAUGAACUUUUUUUAUUUUUUUUAUUUAUUGAAGUACUUUUAGUGAGGACCUUAAAACACUGCCCCUCGUUAUUUAUGUCUCACACAUGGUCAUGUCUCUUAUUUUAUGUAUUUUUUUUUUAUAUUCCUGCCUUAAAGUAUAAAAAGAGAUAUUUUUAUUGUGCAAAUGACAGAUUCUUUGUAUUAAAAAUGGUAUUUAUUCUGCAGUGUCCCCCCCCCCCCCCCCCCAAAUAUCUACAGAUCAACAGCAAAGAACAAUACCAUUCACCUGCCGCCUGGCAAACAUAUACUGUACAUUGUGUAAGGUGUAAAAAUUCUAUAUAUACACUGUAGUCAGGCCAGGCUGUGCAUCCCUCAUCGAGACCUCCUCCAGUAUUAUGGUCACGAGUAACACGACUGCACGAGACACGGUCCGAUUGGAAAUGUCAAGAAACAGCAGCUUGUGAACUCAUGAACUGAUUAGUGCCCAGAACAUUUUAUUUUUUACUUUUUUAUAUUUGUAGAAAUAUGUUGUGAUAUUCAUGUUCCCCAGCUUCCCUCCAUAGCUGUAUGUUAUAAUGGUUUCCCAUCGACAUCUUUCCCUGGAGCCCUCGGUUCGGCGCCUUGCCGAAACAAACACAAAGAAGUGAUUUUUUGGUACAAGCCUGUGGCAUUUCUAAGCUUUGUAUAUAGAGAGUAUUCCUAUACUGUGGAUUUUGUUUAAAAAGUCUACGUGAAUAUCCGCCUGACCUGUAUCCUACUACAGGUUAAGCGUCCUCCGCAAACUGUAAUCUCACAAAGACAUUUCAGCAACGGACGCUCAAACGUCAGGAGACCGGUGAGGAGCGUGGACGUCCCCGCUGAAGAGUUUACGAUAAGAUGUAAAAAGCGUAUUACUACUAACUUAGGAGGAGAGCUGUAGUCCCUUCAUAUGCACCUCUAACAUGUGGACACCUACCCGACGUCAUCUUGUGAAGCGAAAUGGAAAAAAGCUGACUAGAUGUAGUGACGGGGAUCGCAUCGGUUACCUGCAAAGUUGUAGAUUGCAAAUAAUGAUGGAAUUUUUUUUAUGGCUUUGUAAACAACAUCUUUUGUCAUAAUAAAUCAUAU